AGAGGUUAGAGAGAUGAAGACGCAAAAUCUAUGGUGGGAAGUUCUUGAUCUGUUCUUGGUACAACACAAAGCUCUUGUUGCAUCCUUGACUUUUGCAGCGGUUGUAAUUAUAGUCUACUUGUACCGACCCUCUUGGUCCGUACGCAAGGUCCCCGGUCCAACCGCUAUGCCUCUUGUUGGCCACUUGCCCUUGAUGGCUAAGUACGGCCUUGACGUUUUCUCCGUUCUUGCUAAGCACUAUGGCCCUAUCUUCAGGUUUCAGAUGGGGAGGCAACCACUGAUAAUAGUUGCAGAAGCAGAGCUUUGCAGAGAAGUUGGGAUAAAGAAAUUCAAAGAUAUUCCUAAUAGAAGCAUUCCUUCUCCAAUCUCUGCCUCUCCUCUUCACCAGAAAGGACUUUUCUUCACCAGGGACAAGAGAUGGUCUAAGAUGAGAAACACCAUCUUAUCUCUCUACCAGCCUUCACAUUUGUCAAGUCUUAUACCAACAAUGCACAAUUUCAUCACUUUAGCUACUCAUAAUUUUGAUUCCGAGCCGCGAGAUGUUGUUAUCUCCAAUCUCUUCCUCAUGCUAACCACAGAUAUCAUCGGACAAGCUGCUUUUGGAGUCGAUUUCGGCCUCUCGGGUAAAAAACAAAUCAAAGAUUCAAUGGAUAACAAUGUAGAGGUGACUGAUUUCAUAAACCAGCAUGUCUACUCCACGACACAGCUCAAGAUGGAUUUAUCUGGCUCACUCUCCAUCAUCUUAGGCUUACUGAUUCCGAUUCUUCAAGAGCCAUUCAGGCAGGUUCUGAAGAGAAUACCAGGAACAAUGGACUGGAGAGUUGAGAAGACUAACAGAAGAUUGAGUGGACAACUCAAUGAGAUCGUGUCAAAGCGAGCCAAGGAUACAGAGACAGAUUCAAAAGACUUCUUGUCAUUGAUUUUGAAAGCUAGAGAGUCUGAUACGUUUGCCAAGAGCAUUUUUACGCCCGAUUAUAUAAGUGCUGUGACUUAUGAGCAUCUUCUUGCUGGCUCUACAACCACUGCUUUCACAUUAUCCUCUGUUCUCUACUUAGUCUCUGGUCAUCUCGAAGUUGAGAAACGUCUGCUUAUAGAGAUUGACGGGUUUGGAGGCCGUGAUCUGAUCCCGACUUCCCACGACUUACAAUACAAGUUUCCAUACCUCGAUCAGGUUAUCAAAGAGGCUAUGAGGUUCUACAUGGUUUCUCCUUUGGUUGCAAGGGAAACUGCAAAAGAAGUGGAAAUCGGAGGUUACUUACUCCCCAAGGGGACAUGGGUUUGGUUGGCUCUAGGGGUUCUAGCAAAGGACCCCAAAAACUUCCCAGAGCCAGAGAAGUUUAUGCCGGAAAGGUUUGAUCCGAACGGAGAAGAGGAGAAACUUAGACAUCCAUAUGCUUUCAUUCCGUUUGGCAUUGGUCCACGAGCUUGUGUUGGACAAAGAUUUGCUCUGCAGGAGAUCAAACUCACCUUGCUGCAUCUCUACCGUAAUUACAUUUUCAGACAUUCCUCAGAAAUGGAGAGACCACUUGAGCUUGAUUAUGGUGUGAUUCUAAGCUUCAAGAAUGGUGUUAAGCUCAGAGCCAUCAAAAGAUUCUGAUUCUUGACAACAGCUGAUUAGAUAAACUGAAAGUUUCAAGACGAAAUAAAAUCGAAAACUGCAAUUUUUA